ACUUUUUUUCGUGAAUAUCGGCGAAUCAAGAUUCGUAAACGUGAAUUUGUUAUUUUAUUUCUCGUGUACUUUGUUGAAAUUGAUUUCGCAUAGUCGUAAAGCUAAAAAUUUAUAAUAAUGUCUGGAUAAGUUCGACUCGAUUGAUAAUCUGAAAGAUUUAAAGUUGAGGCGUAAGGUUAAGCGGCUUUUGGUUUGCAACUGUAUUUUUAUUUGUUAUCUCAAAACAACUUUGCUGGUACAACAUGGCGAAUCAGUGGGGUCAAAAAGCCGAGGAGUUGGAGAUUUCCAACAAAGUUGCAGGUUUAGGAUUGAAGCAAGAGCCACAUAAUCAAACUACAGAAUCUGAAGAAUCAGGUGAUGCAGCAAAUCCAGCAGAAACUUCGUUGCUGAUGAAAAUUAUCCGGCAGGGUCUAGUUGAAUCCAAGUUGGACAUUGAGGUGCAAAGAAAAGAUCCUAAUUCACCUUUAUACUCUGUUAAGACUUUUGAGGCUCUGCAUUUGAAACCAAAUUUGCUUAAAGGUGUUUAUUCUAUGGGUUUCAAUGCACCUUCAAAAAUUCAAGAAACUGCUCUACCUACUCUCUUAGCUGAUCCUCCUCAGAACAUGAUUGCCCAGUCUCAGUCAGGAACAGGAAAGACUGCAGCAUUUGUGUUGGCAAUGUUGAGUAGAGUGGACACAAACCAUAACUAUCCUCAAGUCUUGUGUCUCAGCCCAACAUAUGAGCUGGCUAUCCAGACAGGUGAAGUAGCAGCCAAAAUGGCAAAGUUCUGCCCUGAGAUUAAACUGAAAUAUGCUGUCCGAGGAGAAGAAGUGCCAAGGGGCACCAAGAUCACAGACCACAUCAUUAUUGGGACUCCUGGUAAAAUGUUGGAUUGGGGUGUCAAGUUUGGCAUGUUCGAUCUGAGUAAAAUUAAAGUGUUUGUAUUGGACGAAGCUGAUGUGAUGAUUGACCGGCAGGGGCACCAAGACCAAUGCAUUAGAAUCCACAAGUGUUUACCUUCCACUUGUCAAAUGAUGUUCUUCUCUGCUACAUAUGAUGCUGCUGUCAUGGAAUUUGCAGAGAUCAUAGUGCCCAAUCCAAUCAUUAUCAGAUUAUUGAGGGAGGAAGAAUCUUUAGACAACAUAAAGCAGUAUUAUGUAAAAUGCAAAACCCCAGAGGAGAAAUAUAGGGCUAUUUGCAACAUUUAUGGUGUUAUUACUAUUGGGCAAGCAAUCAUAUUUUGUCACACAAGAAAAACUGCUGGUUGGUUGUCUGAGAAAAUGUCUAAAGAUGGGCACUCUGUGGCAGUGUUGUCUGGGGAGCUGACUGUGGAGCAAAGAAUAGCAGUCCUUGACCGCUUCAGAGCUGGUCUGGAGAAAGUUCUUAUCACAACUAAUGUGCUGUCUAGAGGCAUUGAUGUGGAGCAGGUUACUUUGGUAGUUAACUUUGAUAUGCCCAUGGAUGUGGAGAAGAGAGCAGACUGUGAAACAUAUCUGCACAGGAUUGGGCGCACAGGAAGAUUUGGAAAAGCCGGAAUAGCAAUCAAUUUAAUUGACUCUCCUCUGGCUAUGCAAAUUUGCUUGGCUAUUGAAAAACAUUUUGGCAAAAAGAUUCAGUUACUUGACAUUGAAGAUGCUGAAGAAAUUGAGAAGAUUGGAGCCUAAGGCCUCUUGUUAUGUGAUGAUAAGAAUAAU